AUACAAAUGUAAUUGUUUCAAUUGGCAAGUUGUGGUCAGAUGAGAGAUGCCGUUGUAAAAUGUAGCAUAGAAACCCCACUGAACGAUACGCUGUGGUACCCGGGUUGUCCAAUGAUAGCUAAUAGAUAUGUUUACAACGUUCGGAGUAUAAUUCCGCAUGUUUUUCGUGCGUUCGUCAUAGAUAUAUUUUUAAGACUUCGAGGUAGUAAACCAAUAAUGAUGAAACUUCUCCAAACUGGCAAUAAGCUGUUUACAGCGGCAGCAUAUUUCGCUCUGCACGAAUGGACUUUCCAAAGGGAUAACUGUUCCGAUUUGGUGAGAAAAGUGAAAAUGUUGAAGGACAGCGAUAUGGUCAAACUAGAUUUACGGGAUUUGGAUUGGGAGAAGUACGUUGCAAUUAAUCUGAUGGGAAUUAGGAAAUUUAUUCUGAAAGAAGACUUUAAUUCAACAGCCCAACAACGGUUAUCAAGGUUGUACUGGAUACAUCAGAUCACUAAAAUAUUCGGUAUAAUGAUCUCACUACUGAUGAUAUACUGUAUCGUUUAUUUACCAUUUGCAAAUUAUUUCUUCUGUUUAUAGUAAAGGAGUAUAAAUACAAUUUUAUGAAGAAGGGAUUCAUCAUUCUCUUUAUUUUGCCUUUUCACUCGUUUCCAUUCUAAAUACAUCCACUUAUGACAUUGUUUAUUUUUUCUAUAAAAUUUUAAUAAGUACGCAGGUAUUUAUACGCACAUGAUUUCAGAGCUGUAAGCAAUUCAUCUGCUCACUGAAUAUGAACAUUUUUCCAUUAUAAGGACAACAUUAUAAUGACAAAAUCCUGUAUCAUCCUCCACCAAACAA